UCAUUUUUUGCAUCGCAGAGAAGAAGGGGCUGCUCGCGUUAUGUAAUUGUCGAUGGUUAACCAAACGUUAUAAUAACACCAGCUGGGUUUAAACUCCUCAGGUGACGCUGUAUGGGACCAAUGUCCAGGUGCAUUUUGAGAUCGUCUGUGAAGUACUUGGCUUCUCUGCCGACGUUGCUGCAAAACAGGAUGUCCAGCUCACGUGCCCCGUUGGCCGCAGUGUGUCAAGUGACAUCUACCCCUGACAAGGAAGCCAACUUCUCUGUCUGUGAGCAGCUGGUGCAGGAAGCUAAAGAGAGAGGCGCCUGCAUGGUCUUCCUGCCUGAGGGGUUUGAUUACAUCGGGUCCAGCAGAGAAGAGACACUGUCCCUUUCAGAGACACUGGGAGGAGACACGAUCUCAAAAUAUGCUCAACUUGCCAGGAAACUGGAGUUGUGGCUUUCUCUUGGAGGAUUUCAUGAACGAGGACAUGACUGGGAGAAUGAUCGACGGAUUUACAAUAGUCAUGUUAUAAUCAAUAAUGAAGGUGACAUCACGUCUGUGUACAGGAAGUCCCAUUUGUUUGAUGUUGAACUGCCAGAGAAAGGCGUGUCCCUCAAAGAGAGUGCCUUCACCAUCCCUGGACCAGCUCUGGUGUCACCAGUCCAAACUCCAAUUGGCAAGGUAGGACUGGGGAUCUGCUAUGAUCUAAGAUUCCCUGAGUUAUCACUUGCUUUGCAAAGACAUGGAGCUGAAAUCCUCACUUACCCAUCAGCCUUCACCGUAGCAACAGGAGCUGCACACUGGGAGGUGUUACUUCGUGCUCGAGCAAUCGAGACCCAGUGUUUUGUCUUUGCAGCAGCGCUAGUUGGCCGGCACCAUGAGAAACGCGCAUCGUACGGCCACGCCCUCGCUGUGGACCCCUGGGGCGAGGUGGUGGGCGACUGUGGAGGGGAGCAGCCAGGUGUGGUACUGGUGGAGGUUGACAUGGACAGAGUGGUUAGAACCAGAAGGAACAUGCCGGUCCAACAGCACCGCAGAGAUGAGGCGUUUUACUGUGUCAAAGCUAACCCAAAGUAACCAGGCUUAAUGGCAAGUUUAAUUUAUAUGGACAAAUUUAGUGUCUAUGUGAUUUUUUAAAUUUAUUUAUUUGUCUGUAGAGAUCCUGCUGCAUCUCUAAGAAUGAGUUUUUUUAAUAACAACCAUUGGUGAUGUAAUGAUUGAUGUACCUAUCUUUCCUUUAUUGAUGAUAUUUUGAGUCAUACUUAACUGUUGUUGAUAAUCUGAUUUCUGCUGCCUUUUGAUUGUUCUGAUCAAGAAAUCCACCCAGCCCAAGUUCUUUUAGCAGUCUGUAAAUGAGCUACAAAUGACACUGCUGGACAAUACGAAUAAAAGAAACCAUGGCUGGA